AUGAAGAGGAGCGGUGGUGGCGGCGGCGGCGGCGGCAACACAGCAUCGUGCAGAAAACGAAUAAUGUACUUCUCGGUCGUUGUCAACGAUUUCCUUUUCUCUUUCACGAAGCAUCGCGACAGCAGACACCAGAAUAUGCGCACGGAGUACCAUGCAGCUUAG